UGAACUAGGCUCUGAACUCCGAUUCUGUCUUAUUCAACUCCCGGCAUUUCAGCUUGCAUGGAAGAUAAUCAUUCCAGAUACUAAAUAGAUUUUGUUGAACUGUAUCUAGAAUCUUUAAAAAUACAAAUAAAAGAUGAAACACAUACAUACUUCAUUGUGGGUUCUCCUUCUUUGUGUUUUAAUCACCACCGUCAUUUCGGAAGACAAUAAGGACGAAGGUUCAAAAAAAGUACCCCUAACACCUAGAGUAUAUGUGAAACUGCUUCAAACUCGCCGUAAGGAUCACACUACGUUGAUUCAGAGAAUGCUUCAAAAUGAUUACAGCAAGAACUACAAAAUGAUGUCUCUAGCUCUGGACAAAAUAUUUCAAAUCAUAAAACAGAGCAAUCAAACGUUAACUGAUGAAAAAUAUUCUCCAAUUACUGACGGAUUUCCCGUGGAACAACGUGUACAGGAAGCAGUUACUUUAUUAAUCGAAGACACCUGUCUAGCGUCAGAUAUCAUUUUGCACUUUCCCGAGAUAUCACAAAAGGUUCUAAAGAAAAUUCCUCAAUGGAAAGAAACCAUAAAUUGGUGUCUUGACUUUGUGAUGCAUUAUCCACACAUAAUAGACGAAGUAAUUGUGCAAUUAAUAGACUUAGCUCGCCAGGAAAUUAAUGAGGACGCAAGAAGCCCCGAUUUUAUAAACCCCUACUACAAAAAAGUCGAAGUCGAAUCAGUCCCCACGAAGAAACCAAACCGGCGAGUGAAAAAGAUCAAGAAAGGUCCACAGCUCUCAUCGAGAUCGGAGUUAUAACGAUUAACGGCCACGGACAAUCAAGAAUAAUGCAAACAAUGAUCAUUGGAAAAGUUACAGUGGACACAACAGAAUGUUUUCUUUUAGCAACGGUCCAGAAUGUAUUAAAUAUUAUGUUUGCAUUUUGUCAUUUUUAGAGUACAAAUCAUUAUGAAUCAUUAUCAAAAAUGUACAGCUCGUACCGAACCAGGACCUAGUGACUUACAAUUCUCAACCUUAGAUACGUGUGUGAGAGUAACUUCAAGGAUGGAGGGAGCCUAUAAUUUUAUAUGCCGAAUCCGAACGGCUUAUUUAGGAAAGCAGUUUUCGUGACCAGAAUUAGGAAGCACAGGUAGGGAUGCAACCCAAGAUUUCUGGCAUGACAGUCAUACGAGUACAUAAUAACAAUCAGGUCUUUUCGUCUGCCAACUAUAUAGACGUAACUCUUUUAUUGGAAAUUAAUAUGAGCAAGUCUGAUAAGUUUGGAGGUUUGGGGACCUAGUGUGCGAACAUUAAUUUAUGUGACAAGAGCUUUCAAAAACAUACGAUACACAGCUUAUACAAUUUUCAAUAUUGACUGAUACAAUGAUUUAUUGACAUAACAAUGUCAAAAACGAUAAAUCUAUAAAUAAUAUCAAAUUUAUCUAAGUCAUUCAUUAAAUUCAAUUAGGUAACUUACUGUGGAAUUUUAAUUUUACCUUAUAUCGAUUUCUGAUGGAGUUGGACUUUAUGCUGUCUGGAAUUUAUGUAUGCUAAUUUUUCUAUCAACAAAUUGUUCUAAAUCAACUCGAUAGCAUACAAUUAAAUUCUAUAUUUUUUAUUAUUGGUUCUAUUAUAAAGAACAUAAAUGUAUAGUCUAAAAUAAAAUCAAUUGUGAGAUGACGAUGAUGAUGAUGAUCAAUUAUUAGCGAUAUCUGCUAUACUUUGUCCAAUAAAGCUUAUUCUUACAAUUUCAUUUUAUUUAAACAUUUUUAUGGGUCACAACUCACAACCUUAUAAAGAAUGUUUUUUAAUUCAAUUAUCGUUUCUUAUAAUUUAUACUUCCCAAAGAUAAAAUGACUAUGACUAAUUAAGUAUCAAUAUGAUAGAAGCGCUUCUUUCGGCGAAAUCUUUUUGCAAAUUAUUGUCAGUAGCGUUAAUAUUGUCAGCUUAACUAGUUUGAUGCCGAUGAUGCUUGACAGAUACGUCCCGACUUUGCCCAGUCAGCCGUGAGAAGUUCGUGAAACACGGAACACUAUAUACUAUAAAAUCAUUUGAUUGUCACUAAACAUUUUCUGGCACCACGUUGAAAAUCUUCAAUGCAAUUGAGGAAUUUCUUAAAAAAGAAUAAUAGAAUGAGAAAGAGAGAGAGAGAAAGUUUAACUUUCUUAUAUAUUGUGUCCACAAUCAUACACGCUUUAUAAAGAUUCUUGACGGAUAAAUCAAUUGAAGUGCUCUUUUCCGCUUAAACGUUUCUUCUUAUUAUUAAGAAACCGAGAGUUUUUAAUACACAUGCUCGUAUGUAUCUAAAGACGUGAAACUUUGAACUUUGAUGCAUAAUGUAUGUAGGUACAGUUAAUUGAAGACCCAGACCCAACUUCACACUAAUUAGAUUCCUAGUAUUUAUUUAUGAUGGGCGCCGUUGCCGCCGGCCGGCCGGGCUGCGGCUGCCCGGUCUCGUUAGCGUAAGUGUAGUUGCCGCGUUUGUAUCUCUCAAGAGGAUUGUGCAUUCAUCAAGCCGUGAAUAAUUUAUUCGAAAUAGUUAAAAGAGACUUUUAAAGAUCAUGUUUUUGAAGAACUGUUUGAUUGAUACUCUUUUUUAUUAAACAAGGUACGUAUGUUUAAAAAUCCAAAAUUUUUAGUUAAAGUAACCAUUUAUUUUCAUAGAUUCAGAGCAGUAGCGAUCGAUAUCUUUAUAUUUUGUUAAUAAAUCAUGAUAUUUGGUAACAUACAAUUUUUAGAAAUUAAUUGGCUUACUUGAAGUCAGAAAGGGUGAGAACAUAUUCUGACGCAAUUUUUAACUAUAUGGUUUUGUUGGCGCAUGUAGAUUUUGGCGCCCUGUGGUGGCCAUUUUGUUUUGGUGGCAUCUGUUAAAUCUGCGUUCAAGUAACGCAAGAUCGUCAGAGAACAUCGCCGCGGUCAGGGAAAGUAUACACAAGAACCCGAGGUAGUCUUUUCCUCGCCGUGAACAAGAACUUGGACUUUUGCAAUUGGCCCAACAACUUUAAUAAUACAGCUAUCUUUUACUAAUACCCUAGGGUUGAUAUAACUGUCAUGCCAGUGGUGCUGGGUUCAAUCCCUGCCUGAACUGCCUCUUGCGAGGAAUCGACAAAUCCUCCAAUAGUAAUUCUUGGCAAGAAAAAUACUUUCGCAACUAAGCCGUUCAAAUUCGGCAUAUAAACUAUAGGUCGCGCAAUAGAAAGGUUGAGAGUUGUUAUUAACUAGGGUCUUUUUCCCUACUGUUGCACAACCUAAUUUAUUUUU